AUGGCUUCUGGAAUUCCACCAUCUUCUGAUAAAAAUUAUUUUUCUGAAUGGGAACAAAUAUGUUUAGAAUUUUUUAGCAAUAACGAUAAAGAUGCUGAAGCAGUAGUUGGGCUUGUAGAAUUUGCAUCACGUUCUAAUAGAGAAGUCACCGUCAACAUCGAUUCUAUCGAUAAAAAUUUGAGAAAGGAAAAAAUUGAAGAAUUACUAGCAAAAAUUGGCUUUGUUAAUGGAGUAAUGCUUCAUCCUCAAGAGUUUGAUAAAUAUCUUGAAACUAAACGAAAAGUUCGAUCCGAAUUUCACCGAAAGAAAGCCAUCGAACUUUUCAAAGAAUUAGAUAAACUGUUACAUUCAAAACCUGCUAAAUACACACCACUUCACCGACUUUCAGAACUUGAAACUUAUCUUACACAAUAUAAGACGUCAGUUGGAGCUCUUCCGUUUAUAAAAGGAUUAUUGCAUGUUUUUAAACUUCAAUUGCACCAAUCUACACUUGCUUCAUGGACUUUUUUAGAUAAUACUUUAACCCAAAACGGGAUCGACUUUAUGAGGGCUACAGUUAAUUUGUUAGUCAAUGUAUUAGGGUUUGUGCAUACGGUUCAAGAAGCCGAUGAAAGUGGGGAACAAGGUAGUCUUCGUACGUGGUAUAUUGAUAAUACAUUAAGUGAUUACGAAAUUUUAAUACUUAUCAAGAAAUUCCCCAAAGAAACAUAUUUUAGUAAUGUUAGAGCAACAGGCUUAAUAGAACUAUCUUCUCAACAACGUUCCCCAAAUUUAAUUAAAACUUCAAAAGGAAACAUUGUUGGAAAAUUUUUUUUGUUUUGGUGGAAUCUGUUAAGAUGGUUGUUUAGUUUUUGUUUCGGAUUGGUUAAAUCUAGAAAAGUUAGGGACGAAACAUUACCAGAUAUUUAA